AUGGUGGACCGAACCAGUGUCGUCCCUAGCCAUGUUGGUGACAACGUGCUUCCGAAUACUCCUCUGUUUAGUCGACUUGUUCAAUUUGCCUGCCAAAUCCCCGCACGCAUAGCGAUCGAGGAUGUUCGUGUCGAGUUGCAGAAGACCCAUAUCCAUCUGCUGUCAGAUGUCUUGGCCUUGCGAAACACCCUUCUCAAUGCCCUCGAUGACGCAACCCGCAAAGCGCUAGAGAAUAGAAAAGAGGUGUACAUGGCCAUUGUCGCGCCAGGCGGUUACGAAUACACCGUGGCAAUGCUGGCGGUACUGGCGCUUGGGGCGGCCGCGGUGCCAAUGACGCCAGCAGUGCCUGUAACGCUCGUUCUUGCGAGUUCGGAGAAUAUAGACAAAUGCUGUCUUCUUGCAAGGCGCAUCUGUUCCACGAGCAACGCACAGUUUCGGGCUGUCGAAAUAGGACCGUUCGUCUCAUCCCCCACUCUUGGCGCUGAGGAAGUAAUCAUUUCAUCGGAUCGGGCCUUGGAGGAGAACGCGCCCGCAGUGGUGAUCUUCACAAGUGGCACCAUGGGACCACCCAAGGGUGCGGUGAUGCGGAGAUCAUACGUCUUUGACUGUGCGCUGUCCAUCGCUGACCACUAUCACUUGACUGAAGACGACGUCAUACUCCACCUCCUUCCAGUACAUCAUGCCACAGGGUUCCGUAGCGGAGCUUUCGAUGAGGCUUGGACGUGGAAGCGCUGGAAGGAGGGGGCAGCCCACCCUUCAAGGCGACUUACAUUCUUUUCGGCAGUGCCCACUAUCUGGAUGCGACUUAGACGAUUUUAUCAAACUCACCUGCGUAAACUCCCUGCACAUGAACUAGCUCCGUACGUUGCUGGCGCACGGCAAUUCCGCGCUUGUUUGUGCGGAACGUCGGCGUUACCUCAGCCGCUGAACGACUUUUGGACAGACCUAUUGCAGCAGAAUAUCCUGCAAAGAUAUGGAGCAACUGAGUUCGGCGCAAUCUUCAAAAUGCGACUUGGAGAUAAAGACACACCCAAAGGUUCUGUCGGUGAACUUGAGAGUGGUGUAGAUGUGAAGCUGUCCGAGGGAAAUGAAGGAGAGAUACUCAUCAAGAGCCCACAUAUGCUUAUGAAAUAUCUACAUGACUCUGAAGGUACAGCCACUGCGCACGAUGAAUAUGGGUACUUCCGAACCGGCGAUCUUGCACGAAGGGAAGGGAAGUAUUACUUCAUCCUCGGACGAGCGUCCCUGGACAUCAUCAAGUCGGGAGGGUACAAAAUAUCAGCUCUGGAUGUUGAGAGAGAACUGCUGGGAUUGCCAUACAUCGCCGAAGCCAUGGUCGUCGGCGUUGCAGACGAGGAGUUUGGGCAACGUGUGGCAGCCCUAGUCUCGUUACAAGAAGAGGAUAUGACAAUGGAUUUUCCAGACAAGCGGCUCAAUACGAGAAACUCAUUAAUUAUUGAUAAGCUACGGCGGGAUCUCCGUGGAAGACUUGCCGGGUACAAGUUGCCGACACUCUUGCGAAUUGUAAACGGCGAGCUGCCAAAAACUGCCACGGGGAAAGUCCAGAAGAAGAUCCUUGGGCCGCAGUUCUUCCCAAGGGCGUGGUCCAGCUGCCCGGGCAUACAGAAAUGGGUUCCAGACAUCGGAAGACAGCUAGCGAAGCUGUGA